UCUAAUCUAAUCUAAGCUAUCAAACAACUUCACUUUUGAUGCCACUUUCCAAAAAUAGUAACCACCCUUUCCUUUCUUCUUUCCUUCUUCCUCAUUCCUUUCCUUUCAUCACUCUGAGAUCUAGGGUUUGUAUUUGUGUUAAUUAGUCUGUGGAGUUUCAACAAAAGAGAGAGAGAGACAUGGGUCGUGGAAAGAUUGAGAUCAAGAAGAUUGAGAACCCUACAAACAGACAGGUCACUUACUCCAAGCGAAGAAAUGGCAUUUUCAAGAAAGCUCAAGAACUCACUGUUCUCUGUGAUGCCAAGGUCUCACUCAUCAUGUUCUCCAACACUGGCAAGUUGCAUGAGUACACCAGUCCUGCCACUACGACAAAAAAGAUCUACGAUCAAUAUCAGAGGACUGCAGGGAUUGAUCUAUGGGUCACCCACUAUGAGAGGAUGCAAGAAAAUUUGAAAAAACUGAAAGAGAUCAACAAUAAGCUGAGGAGAGAGAUCAGGCAGAGAAUCGGCGAAGAUCUGAAUGAUCUAAGCUAUGAUGAACUGAAAGGUCUCGAGCAAAGGAUGUCUGUUUCUUUGGGAGUUGUGCGUGAUCGGAAGUUCCAUGUGAUCAAAACUCAGACUGAUACCUGCAGGAAGAAGGUAAAGAACUUGGAGGAACGAUAUGGAAGUCUCCUACUCGAAUAUGAAAGCAAAUGGGAAGACAUGCAGUAUGGUUUAGUGGAAAAUGAGGGAGGCAAUGGAGGUGGAUUUGGACUCAACGAUCUUCGCCUUGGUUAAGAACUACUAAUGCCAAUUAAUUACCCUAAUUCAGAUAUGAUGAACUUAAUUUGCAUUAUGUUUCUUGUCAAGUUUAGACUGUUUUAAAGUUGGACAUGUCCAAAUCUAUACUUUAUUAAUACGAAAUGUGCUUGCUACUGUCACAAUUUAGCACCAGAACAGCUUUUGGUGACUUCUUUCUUUGAUGGUUAAUUUCUGAAAUGUUGUAUUUUUUAUUCUGUUAUCUAAGAAUCUCUUUUGAUGUUUUGAAUUUA